CCCAUAUACCCAUCUUCUCCAUCUGCCAAUUGCUCCUCUCUACCCAUCUUCUCCAUCUAUUGAUUGCUCCUUUAAACAAAUCUCAAUCUUCAUGUUUCUGACAUCCUCAUCCUCCUCAUCCCAAAUCUAGUGGUGUAGCCUCCAAUCUUCAACAGGUAAGCUCCCUUUUCUCAAACUUCAUCUUCUAGAUUAUGGGUUUAUUAUUGUAUCUUUUUUUGUUUCCCUUUUUGAUUUCUAGAAAGCAUGGAUUUUUCUUUCAAUUGCCAUGUCAAUUUCUUUGUUUUCUUCUUGUUCAUCAAUUGGCAUGCCAUCUUCUCUGCUUUGUGUCUUUCAAGCUGGAGCAAGCUAUAAGGCCCUACUUGUUGUUCCCUUGCCUAUUCCACCUGUUACCAGCAUGCUCAUAGUGGCAACUUCAGGGAUUGGAUAUGUGCUAGGGAGUGGAAAUGCCAUUGAUUUUGCAGGACUUUGUUGGACUUGUGUUGGAACUAUGAUGGUGCUAACUCCUUGAUUUAGGUACGGUCUUUUACUCUUUAUUAUCUUGUUAUUUGCUACCAAAUUUUCAUGAUUAUAUGAUUGUUUUUGCAUCAUUUUUCAUUUUCAUGAAUUCCACAUGAAAUCUUGCUUGAUAUGGCCAAGCAGCUAACUUGAUGUUUCAAUUCAUGUGUCUCUGUGCUUUUUGCAGAAUAGAUUUUGUAAUAGCAU